AUGGCAAACUGCAAAUCUGUAUCAACGCCAUUCGAUCCAAACCAAAAAUUAACCAAAAAAGACCAGCUGAUGUCUCAUGCAGAGGCAAGUGAGAUGAGAAAAAUUCCAUAUAGAGAAGCUAUAGGUAGCUUACUCUAUGCCAGCCAAGGAACAAGGCCGGAUAUCGCAUACGCGGUAGGCCUAGCUAACCGAUUCUGUCAAGACCCAAGAAGAUUACAUUGGACAGCGGUGAAACGAAUAUUUAGGUAUCUGAAGGGAACUCUCUCCACGAAACUAGUCUUUAACAUUGAAGCUAAUCGAAAAAUUGAAGGCUACAACGACUCUGACUGUGCGAACGACGCCGACCACAGAAAUUCGAUUACUGGAAGCAUCUUCCUCUUCCAAGGAGGACCUAUAUCCUGGCAAAGUAAGAAACAACGCACAGUAGCGUUAUUCACAACGGAGGCCGAGUACAUAGCGCUAUCUUCAACGGCACAAGAAGCGUUAUGGUUACGUGUAAUAGCCAAAGAGCUGGACCCUGAUGCUGUUUUACCAGUCACAAUUUUUUGUAAUAAUAAAGGAGCUAUAGAUCUGGCAAAAAAUACUGGAUAUCGUCCAAGGACGAAGACAUAG